CAGGUGGACCUGUUCGGCGCCAAGGACGUCCAGACGCCAGCGAAACUCACCUGGAAGCUCCCUACGCCGUUCGGAUGCCCAGUCAUCUGUAUCGACAAGCUCGAGCUCGACCAGGCCGGCAAGAUGAAGCUCGAGUGCUCCACUGACAAGGUGUACAAGGACCUCAAGGUGGAGGUCAAGUCGGACCUCGUGGAUCCCUCGAAGGUCACCGCGCACUGCACCUACACUGGGCUCAAGGGCUAUCAGAUGAAGCUUGAUGCGCCCCCCGUGGACCCCGCGAACUUCACCGCGGAGGUGACCUACGCCCACGGGCCCUGCACCGUGGGCGCCAAGUGCAGCAGCAAGACCCUCACCGCGCCGGA